CUCCCAAGGCGACAACAACACACCGCCGAAGGAAGAGAGUGGCGUGCCUCUCGCUGAGAACAUCACGGGGCUUCUCAACUUAACGAGCCGCGAGGCACCAAUUCAGUUCACCCUACCUCUACUGGGCUAUGCCAUGCCAUUUCUUCUCGUAAUCACCAUCAUCGCCAACACCCUCGUGGUGGUGGUACUCUCGCAAAGGCACAUGCGCACUCCAACCAACAUCGUUCUCUUGGGAAUGGCCAUCUGCGACAUGAUGACGCUACUCGUGCCUUCGCCAUGGUACUUCUAUAUUUACUCGCUAGGAAACUACGACGGCAUCCUCAAGCCUGCGCCUGCCUGUUACGCCUACAACAGCAUGCAUGAAGUGAUCCCCAACUUUUUCCACACCGCCUCCAUCUGGCUAACCUUGUUGCUGGCGGGCCAGCGGUACAUCUACGUUUGUCACCCAACAACAGCCAGGAACUGGUGCACUGUGCCCAACGUGAUGCGCGUCAUCGUAUGGAUCAUGACGCUCGCCCUGGCGCAUCAGCUGCCUAGGUUUUUCGACAGGAUAUACGAAGAUGUUCAAUUCCGCUGGGAAGGACAAGUUCUCUGGGGAUGCAACAUGCGCACGGCUCCGUGGGUCGAGUACAUAUUCGCCGAGCACGCCUACUACAUCUUGUACUACGCGUUCAAGGUCAUCUUUGUAAACACAGGACCCUGCACCGCUCUGGUUUUACUCAACAUGCUGCUGUUUCGGGCUCUCAAGAAAGCGCAGGAGAAGAGGCUCCGGUUGUUCCAGGAAAACCGCAAGAGCGAAUGCAAAAGGCUGAGAGACAGCAACUGCACUACCAUGAUGCUUAUAGUCGUGGUCACCGUGUUUCUUCUUGUUGAGAUCCCACUCGCUGUCACUGUGCUCUUGCAUGUGUUCAUCAACACGCUGGACGUGCACCCUGUCUCUUACGAUUCCCUGAAUAUUAUCAUUUUAUUCACGAACUUUUUCAUUAUGCUCAGUUAUCCGGUAAACUUUGCCAUCUACUGUGGCAUGAGUCGGCAGUUUCGAGAAACCUUCAAGGACUUGUUCAUGAUGGGUUCAGUCGUAAGCAGGCGCGAAGGCUCCUCUCGGUACUCAAUGAUGAACGGCAUACGACCAUCAAACACUGAGACUCUAUUAUAG